AUGAAGCUGUACGCAUUUGUUAUACUCCUAGCCUUUUGUUACGUACAAUGCAAAAAAACAUAUGCGCCCAUAGACAAAAAUGCCAACAUAGCAUUCAUUAACAUGGAAGCGGGUGGUUUGGGAACGGGUAGUAAAAAAGUCCAACCUACACCAGCGCCUAGCAAAGCCCCGGUACCUCCAACUCCAGCUCCGCAACCUGUAACUACAUUUAAAUCAGCACCGACUACUGUUAAACAGGCCCCGAUACCAGUGGUACCAGCAACCAACCCUCCUGUUCAAAUCAGACCAAAACCAGUAAAUCCUAGUCCUGUUGUUAAUCCAAUAACAACCCCUGGACCUGGUACCGUCAAGCAGCUUGUCAACUUCUACGAUAGCCAAGGAAAAGCGAGCCCUAUUCGCCCCUACAGUUACAGCCAAGCAGUUAAACAAGGCUAA